UAGAGAGCACUAAACAAACAAAAUGUCGUUGAAAGUCGUGUUGAGUGUGGCCGCCAUCUUGGUGUUGGUCAGCUGUGCCAAUGGUUUUACCUUAAAAACCAAAGAAAAUCAUUUUAGACAACAAAAUAUCACUGCUUUUACAAACAAAUUACAAAGAGGUUUGGAUCUCCUAACCAAGAAAAACAUCGUUGGUAAAGAUUUGGAAGAGACUCUUGGUGUUCUCAACCUGAGAAACAUCUUUUUCGAAGAAUUGGAAGCCACGCCUGAUAAUGAUUUAGUCUGUGCUGCAUGUGUGGUUGCUGCUAAUGGUUUGAUCAAUGCGCGACGUGAAGAUGGCGCUACCAGGGAAGACAUGUUGAAUUUCGCUAAUAAUAUCUGCAUUAAGCUUCAUAUCCAGACAGAGAAAGUGUGCCUGGGUGUUAUAGAACUCAAUAUUGACAUUUUCUUGUAUAUUGUCGAUAAUAAUCUGAACGUAGAUGGCGCUCGUGUGUGUUCCCUAGUUCUUCAAAGCUCUGAUUGUAAAUCCAGGGAUGCCCCGACUUGGGAAAUUGACAUCCAUGAAGGAAAAUCCCUUGAAAGUCGACCUGGAAGUGGAGAAUCUUACAACAUCCUGCACCUUACCGACAUCCAUUACGACCCUAUUUACCAACCUGGUUCUCUGGUAAACUGUGAUCACCCACUCUGUUGUCAAUAUGACAGUGGAGACGUAGAAAAAAAUGAAGACGCUGCUGGUUACUGGACAGAAUGGAACAACUGCGAUGUCCCUCAUUACCUCCUAGAAGACACCCUGCAACAAAUCACAGAACAACACAACCUUGAAUAUGUCUACUACACAGGUGAUAUCAUCAGUCACCGGGUGUGGGCCACGAACAUCUUCAACAACUCCGAAGACCUUCGCUAUGUCUACGGACAAUUCCGGAAGUAUUUCGGAGACAUCCCUGUCUUUCCCGUGAUGGGUAACCAUGAACCUCACCCAUUGAAUGUCUGGGCACCUAAUGAUGUGGAACAAGAUGUUUCAACAAAAUGGGUGUUUGAUUUGGUAGCAGAGGAAUGGGGACAUUGGUUAGGUGACGAAUGUAAGGAAACCAUCCGUGCUGGAGGUUACUAUUCCAAAUUGGUGAGACCAGGGUUACGUGUAGUUGGUCUCAACUCAAAUGUGGCUUACAUUAACAACUGGUGGUUACUCUAUAAUGAUGUGGACAACUUCGGGCAGUUGGCUUGGUUGGAGAAUGUGUUGUAUGAUGCGGAACAAAAUGGCGAAUCUGUGCAUAUCUUAUCACAUGUUCCUUCUGGGGAUUAUUCUGCUUAUGCGUAUUGGAUGCAACAAUUCUAUAAGAUUCUAGCGAGGUAUCAGAAUACAGUUACUGGUAUUUUUAAUGGACAUACACACAAUGAUGAGAUGGUUGUCUAUCAUAACGAAGAUGGCGCUGCUAUGAAGGUUGUCGCUUUUAAUGGCGGUAGUCUCACGGCGUUUUCCAACAGGAAUCCUAAUUAUAGAAUCUUUAAAGUUGAUACAACAAAUGCAGAUCUUUUGGAUUAUGAUCAAUAUUACUUUGAUGUUGAUGAGGCUAAUAAAAAUGCUUCGCAAUCUCCGAAUUGGAUGAAACACUACUCUUUUAAGGAUGCUUAUGGUGUAGACAGUCUUUUUGGAGAAGAUAUUUCGGGACUUAUGGAGCAAAUGGCAAAGGAACCCAGUAAAGAAUUACUGAAGCAAUAUAUCUUUUUCAGAAACCGAGGUGGGCCUAAAUCCUACGAGGCUUGUGAUGAGGAAUGCAUGAAAUCUUAUCUGAGUAAAUUGGUGCAGCCAUAUUAUGGAGAGAACACAUAUUCAGAUAAAUUAAUGGAACUUUGGGAGUUUGACCAGGAAACAAAACAUUAAAUGACAUAAAUCUAUGUUUUACCUAUAAAUAAAUUUGUUUUAGAAUUUUUAAAUAAACUUUUACAAUGUU